AUGGUCGACUUUACAAAUGUGACUUGGGUAGUAUCCUACUUUGCGGACAAUGACACUUAUAUAUACCGGUUCAACAAGACUGGUAUAGCAAGCAUGGAGAUUGAAAUGGCAUUCAGUCGGAGGCAGUUCGAGUACACCUAUGUAGACUACAACACGACCAUUCUACCUUAUACUGUACAGUUCUGGAUACGGCUUGCUGAUACGCACAAGUAUACAGACUACGAGGUUGGGUACCAGAUCAAGACUAUCUACAAAUCCGACAGCGAGUGUAGCGACCCCGUUACCCACUUCCACUAUGAGAUCUAUGCUCAAAGACGUUUCGAUAUGCGGUGGUUCACGUUUAUGAAAGCAGACACUGCAUUGUAUGCUCGGCACUCAUCUCGCUGUCUUGAUGGUGCCGCUGGUGUGCAGUCAUGUCCACUGGAUAUCCUGGAGAGUCCACUGUCCGAGUCCAAAGGAGAGGGAUACUUCCUUGUUCGUAUACCCGCAGUGAAUCGAGCGGUUCGAACCUACUUUGACAUGCUUAUCAUCAGUACCAAUGAUUCAUUCUUGAACUACACGAAGUCGAGUUGCUUCUCUUUAUUGCGUGGCGAACCCUUGCUCACUGGCUGGCUACUACCAUCAAUGGUGCCACUGAUCGUGGUGUGUCUUGGUAGCUUUGCGGUUGUGAUCGUCUUCAUACUGAUCAUGAAUCGCAAGGCACUCACAUUUGGAAUAAUGCAAGAUGCAGAUGACAGUCAGUCAUCAGACCUUUCGGACACAGAAGAGACCAUCAAGGAGACCUUUGACAUUGAUCAACUUUGUACAGAAUUGAUCAAUGGCGGCGAUCAUCAUCAUCAUCAUCACAAAGAACACUUGAAUUAA